UUCAAUUGUAUGCAGUCUCUUGUUGUUCGUUGUCGACGUCACACGUGUUGUGGAGCUUAGAAUGGAUCAUAAACAUUCAUUCUUUAAUAAUAUUAUCGAUAUAAUUAAAGAAGAAACCGCUAGUGAUGUACCCUUGAUAGAUUUUAAGCAUCCGAAAGAAUUGGAGAAAAUUCUAGAUCUGGAUGUAAGCAAUGGCGUUGAUGAUAUUGAAUUGGAGCGAUGUGUACGCCGAGUCCUUCACUACAGCGUCAAAACGAACAAGCAUUCCUUCAAAAAUCAGUUAUACGGGGCUACUGACCCGUACGGCUUGUGCGGUGCCUGGAUAGCUGAAGCGUUUAAUACUAGCCAGUACACGUUCGAAGUAGCGCCAGCUUUUACUUUGGUCGAAUUGAAGAUGAUCAGCCACAUUCUACGUUUGUUCGGCAUCCCCGAUGGAGACGGUAUCUUCAGCCCCGGCGGGUCUGUCUCCAUGCUAUACGCGCUCGUCGCUGCGAGGUACAAAGCCUUCCCGGAAGUCAAGACCAAAGGCGUGAGGAGUCUACCAGAUCUAGUCGUUUUUACUUCUGAAGAUAGUCACUAUUCGAUAAUGAAAGGCGCUCACUGGCUCGGAUUCGGUACUGACAAUAUCAUACAGAUAGCGACCAAUGAUUUCGGACAAAUGGACGUUGCACAGCUUGCCACUGGAAUACAAAGGGAGAGAGACUUAGGAAGGUAUCCUGUGAUGGUAAACGCCACAGCUGGUACAACUGUGCUUGGAGCUAUAGAUGACCUGGAUGCUGUGGCAGACGUGUGCCAAAAGCACGGCAUAUGGAUGCACGUUGAUGCAUGUUGGGGUGGCAGUUUGAUGUUAUCUCGCAAAUAUAAGCAAAGACUAAAAGGAAUUCAAAGAGCCAAUUCAAUAUCUUGGAACCCUCAUAAGAUGGUGGGAGCUCCUUUGCAGUGCUCUGUAUUCUUGAUUCGAGAGCGUGGUCUGCUGCACGAAGCCAACUGCGCCUCCGCACAGUACCUCUUCCAGCAGGACAAGUUCUAUGACAUUAACUAUGACACCGGUGAUAAAGGGGUACAAUGUGGUAGAAAGAUCGAUGCUUUCAAACUAUGGACACUAUGGAAGGCAAGAGGCGAUGAAGGUCUGAAUAUACUCGCGGACCGCACAAUGGAAGUAGCGGAGUUCUGUAUAGAGACUGUUGCAGGCCGACCUGGCUUUAGAUUGGUCUCCGCACCCCUGCAAUGCCCUAACGUCUGCUUUUGGUAUAUCCCUAACUUUAUGAGAGGUAAAACUGAGGAUGCUGGAUGGUGGGAGCUAAUGCACAAUAUAACAAAAAAAAUCAAAGAACUAUUAACUAUAAGUUCUCGUCUAAUGGUCGCCUACAUGCCGCUACGACAGCAUAAGAACUUCUUCAGAUUGGCGUUUUCUUUCCAUCCUGUGAUAGAGGAGGCGGAAGUAUUGGAUAUGCUGCAAGCUAUAGAAGAUUGUGGGGAAAUGGUUGACCUUUCUAUGUUGUAAUAUAGAUAUAAACUUAGCUAAUAUAAAUUUGUAAUUU